AUGUGUGGGGGGGAGUUCUUCGCGCAUUCGCUGCCUAUACACCAGAAGACUUGUGCGGAGAAACAGCAGCACAUAUAUCUGACUUGCCAGCACUGCGGGCUGGAAGUGCAGAAGUUGCAGCUCGACCAGCACCUUCAGAAGUGCCCCAAGCGAGUAACUCCUAAGCAGCGUGCCGGCGACAGCGGAGCCCAUGGCGAUGCUGCUGGUGUUGCUGCUGCUUCUGCUUUUGAUUCCCAGGGGAGGCUGGAAUGUGCUGUUUGCGGUCGUUGGUUUGCUGCAGACAGAAUAGCAAUCCAUCAGGGGAUAUGUGAACGGCUAUCAUAUAAACGACGACAGCCAUUUGAUUCAUUUAAACAGCGAAGGUUUGACCCCCUUAUACACCGAGCAGAAGAAAAAGUAGAUGCAGCAGCACCAACAAAACGCGGUGGUGACAGACUUGCUGCUGCUGCUGCUGCUCGUCGGCCUGGCCCUGCUGCAGCUGAUAUUCGUGAUGCUGCUGCUUCUCGGUUUCCUGCUGCUGCGGAUACCCGCCCAGCUGCUUCUCCCCGUACACGUGGCUCUCGCCCAGCUGCUCGUGCUACUGGCGCUGGUCGUCCUGUUCCUACCGCAGCACAAGCAGCCCCUCGCCGGCCAGCAGCAGGCCCCCUUCGCCCCAGCGCGGGUGCAAGCGUGGGUAUGGGGCGGGGCGGCGGUGCGGGGCGGUUGCCAGGAAGAGGAGGGCCAGCGCGGGUGCAAGCGUGGGUAUGGGGCGGGGCGGCGGUGCGGGGCGGUUGCCAGGAAGAGGAGGGGGAGGGGGGGGGGCUAUCUUAG